AUACCGUUCACAUAGCACCGAAAUUCUUUCGUAUUCUUCCACUGGCCCAAAUAAACAAAUUCCUUUCUUCUAUCCUUUAUUGCUAUUUAUUUUCAAUUAACAUAAUGCAUAAUUUUCGGAAAACUUUGCUUAAUACAGUUUCCAAAAGCCGAAGGAAAAUAUGUGGCAAACCAUUACAGAUAAUAAGGCGUAUGUCGGUCAUUGAUCAUCCUUCUGACGAAAAAAUGUCUUCAAAAUUUCAAAUACCUAAAGGAAUCAUGGGCCAGCCUACAUUUCACACUCACCCUCACCUGAUUGAGCCAGAUUUCCUAACGUGCGGCAUCACACAGAUGGAAUACAGAGAAAGGCGGGAAACGUUGGUGCAGAAAUUAGUAGCAGAAGUUCAUAAUGAGCAUCAGUCACACAUAAUAGUAAUCCCAGCAGCAAGCAAGCAAUACAUGUCAGACAAAAUUCCAUAUGUGUUCCGACAGAACUCGGAUUUCUUUUACCUAACGGGCUGCAUGGAGGCUUCGGCGAUUCUAGUCAUGGUGAAACCUGCACAAACUAACAACUUCAAGUCAGUCCUAUUCGUUCACGACAAGGACGAGCACGCGGAGCUGUGGGAGGGCCCGCGGACGGGCUGCCACGCGGCCGCGCGGCUCUUCGCGGUCGACGAGGCGCGACCUGUUGGCAACUUCCCGAGCUACAUCGCCAAAGUAGCGUCCUCAACUCGCCCCUCAAUCCUCUGGAACCUCCGCGACGCCAACCACGAGGUCAAUGACUUGCUGGCGCCGGUCUGGCAGGCCGGGGCCGCGUCCGGAGACCCGCAGAAGGCUUUACACGUCAUGCGGUCCAUCAAGAGCCCGGCCGAGAAGGAACUCAUGAAGGAGACGUGCUAUAUUGGGAGCCAGGCGGUUAACAUGGCUAUGGCGGUUACUAAACCAGGCGUAUCGGAGCACUACCUGACGGCAGUCCUAGACUACAGCGCGCGCGCCUCGGGCGCGGAGCACCCCGCCUUCCCGCCCGUGGUCGCCGGCGGCGCGCGAGCCACGCACAUACACUACGUCACCAACAACCAGCUGCUGCAGGCAGACGAGAUGGUGUUAGUGGACUCAGGCAGUCAACGAUGGUUGUACAACUCGGACAUCUCGCGAACGUGGCCAGUGUCGGGCAAGUUCACUAAGCACCAGAGAAUACUGUACGAGCUCAUACUUAAUGUACAAAAACGGUUAAUCCAAAUACUAGGUGAGCACCGGCCGGCUUUGGACCAGUUGUUCGACUCCAUGUGCAGGUUACUAGGCAAGCAUCUACAGCAGGAGGGCAUCUUGCCUAGGAACAUAGACGGCAGCGACCUUGUAGGGAAAGCGUACCGCCUGUGUCCCCACCACGUGUCGCACUACCUGGGGUUGGACGUGCACGACGCGCCGCUCGUGCGCCGCCACAUGCCCGUGAGGACGGACAUGGUUGUCACCGUUGAACCGGGCAUAUACAUCCGUCCGGACGACACGUCAGUGCCUCCGGAAUUCCGCGGCAUCGGAAUCCGGAUCGAAGACGACGUGCUGAUAACGGACGGCGAGCCGGUCGUGCUCACCGCGUCCUGCCUUAAAGAACCGGACGAUGUAGAAGCGGUGGUUGGAAAACAUAGUCUGUGACUGAAUAAACGAGUGAUUUGAAGUUU